AUGGACGCCCAAGCACACUGUCUCUGUGGAGAACUCCAAUGGACCGCGCACUUUUCCAAAGGAAAGAUGCCCGGCCAGGUUCUAUGCCACUGCGUGAGUCUUUUUCACACUCCUCACCAGAGAGACAGCCAGGCACUGACACCACAUCCAAACCACCAGAUGCCCUGCAAGAUGUUUGGCGGCGGAGAAUACACCGUCAACAUGAUGGUCCCCAAGUCCGAUGUUAAGAUGACCAAGGGCACCCCCAAAGUCUACACCUACACCGGCGAGUCCGGCAACCCCGUCGACUGCUUCUACUGCCCCAACUGCACCACGCACGCCUACCACCACGAAAAAGUCCUCGGCGACCGCUACACAAUGCACUCCCUCCUCUUCGAAGACGACACGCUCAAGCACCGCCCCAUCGAGAUGGAGCUCUUCGGGAAGCACCGCAUGCCCUACCAGCCCGAGAUCGCAAAGACGUACGAGGUCACGGAUAACUCCUAA